UUUGAGCAAAUUAAAUUUGCUCAAAGCUCUGAACUUUUCAAAGUCAGCCCCCCAUGGAGGAUUGGGAUUUGCAAGCAAUUGUAAAAGGAUGCAACGGAUCAAUUACUCCUUCAAGAACAGCAACGCUCAUGGAAGAUCCAAAUUUGGUCUCUUUUUUGAUCGAAAAAGAUGAACUUUUAAGUUCUUGUUCAGUGUAUGAUGAGUUUGAAGGGUUGUUUGGGAGCUCUGAUGACUCUGCCUCUGCCUCUGCCUCUGCCGCCGCCAUUUCUGGUCUUCUCAGAGAGCUUAAGGAACCGGAAAAGCUUCAUCGGAAGAGCCAAAUCGCUGCAACUAAACAGAAACAGAGCAAGAAAAGUCGGGAAAACAGAGUAGUGAAAGAGGUGAAAGCAGAGGGGGUGUGUUCGGAUUCAUGGGGAUGGCGGAAAUAUGGACAGAAACCGAUUAAAGGGUCGCCAUAUCCGAGAAGCUAUUAUCGAUGUAGCUCCUCCAAAGGAUGCUCUGCUAGAAAGCAAGUUGAACGGAGCCUCUCCGAUCCUGGCGCCUUUGUCGUCACCUACUCGGCUGAGCACAACCACGCUGAGCCUACUCGCCGUAACGCGCUUGCCGGAACCACCAGGAAGAAGUUUCCGGCGCCGGAAAAUCCGAGGUUGGACGUGAUUCUGUCGCCUAGUAAUUCUAUGUCCGUGGCGUCCGUUGAAGAAGAACAGCCGAUGGAGGGAGUUGCAGAGGGGGGAGUUAUUAUGGAUUUGCCAUUCGAAUUCUUUUCUGGUUUGGAGGAUUUUCUUUUCGAAUGACAAAUUUUUUUUUUUUUUUUAA